AUGGCGCUGUCGCGCGCGGAGCGCUGCCUCGCGCUGCUGCUGCGGCUGCUGUCGCGCGCCUGCCUCGCGCUGCUCGCGCUGCUGCCGCUGCCGCCGCUGCCGCGCGCCGGCCCCGCGCGCGCCGCCCCGCGCGCCGCCCCGCGCGCCGUCCCGCCGCCGCGGCGCGCGCUCCUGCUGCUGCCCGCGCGGCGCCUCGCGGAGCUGCUCCGCGCGCGGCAGGUGGCGUGCGUAGAGGUGGUGGAGGCGUACGUGGAGAGGAUCAAGGAAGUGAAUCCCCUCAUCAAUGCCGUGGUUAAGGACAGGUUUGAGGAGGCCCUACAGGAAGCCCGGCAAGUCGAUAAGCUGCUUUCGGAGGGUCCUGGCGAUGACUGCCUGGAGGAGAAGUUCCCCUUGUUGGGAGUUCCCAUCACCGUUAAGGAGGCCUUUUCUCUCUACGGGAUGCCCAACACCUCUGGCUUGGUCAACCGCCGCAAUGUGAUCGCCACUUCAGAUGCCACCGUGGUGUCACGGCUAAAGCAGGCAGGUGCCAUCCCGCUGGGUGUCACCAACUGCAGCGAGCUCUGCAUGUGGUACGAGUCCAGCAACAGGGUCUACGGGCGGACCAACAACCCCUACGACCUGCAGAGGAUUGUGGGCGGCAGCUCAGGUGGGGAGGGCAGUGUCCUGGCAGCUGCCUGCUCAGUCAUAGGUGUGGGCUCUGACAUCGGCGGCAGCAUCCGAAUGCCUGCCUUCUUCAAUGGAGUCUUUGGCCAUAAACCCACAACAGGGGUGGUGCCCAAUGACGGCCAGUUCCCAAACGCUCAUGGGGUGCGGACCAGCUACCUGUGCACAGGGCCCAUGUGCCGCUACGCAGAGGACCUGGAGCCUGUGUUGAAAGUCAUGGCCGGUCCUGGGGUCAGCAAGCUGAAACUGAAUGAGAAAGUGUCGCUGGAGAAAAUCAAAUUCCACUGCAUGGAUCAUGAUGGCGGGUCCAUUUUUGUAUCACCUGUGGACAAGGAGAUCUUGCAGGCCCAAAAGAAGGUGGUGGAGCGCCUCGAAAGUGACCUCGGGGUCCAGGUUCAGCAUGUGACGAUCCACAAGAUGAAGUAUUCUUUCCAGAUCUGGUCAGCCAUGAUGUCAUCCAAGGACAGUGAGGGGCAGGAGGCACAAAGAUUCACAGACCUGCUGGGGGACCACGGGAAGCCAGUGUGGCCGCUGUGGGAGCUGAUGAAGUGGCUCGUGGGGAUGUCUUCUCACACUCUUCCAGCUAUCGCCCUGGGACUGACAGAGAAGCUGGUGAACCUCAACGUCAGUGGGAAGGCCAAGCUGGUGAGCAUGGGGAAGAGCCUGCAGGAGGAGAUGGAGGCACUGCUGGGGCCAGAUGGAGUGCUCCUCUACCCCUCACACCCCACCAUCGCCCCCAAGCACCACUCCCCUAUCUGUAUGCCCUUCAAUUUUGCCUACACAGCCAUCUUCAAUGUCCUGGGCCUGCCGGUGACACAGUGCCCGCUGGGGCUGGGCAGCGAGGGGCUGCCUCUGGGCAUCCAGCUGGUGGCAGCUGCCUACAAUGACCACUUGACGCUGGCAGUGGCACGGUACCUGGAGAAAGCCUUUGGAGGAUGGGUUUUACCAGGGGAAGUUUAACCCUGGGAGGCAGGGGCAGAGGCAGUGACAAGUGCUGAUGCUUGAUCCCAUCACGGCACUGCCUGCUCCCUCUGCAUCCCCCUGCGCCCUGCUGGGAGUGGCUGAUGGUGCCUCCAGCCCAGGAACAGCUGGACCAUUGCCCCUGGAAUCCUCAUCCCUGUGGCACCCUCUGUCAGGGAGAGACCUGCCUUUCCCAAACCCCUCAGGAGCCCCAGUGCCACAGUCUGAGGAUGCCCUGCCUUCAGUGGGCACCCACCCAUGUUUUCCAGACCUUGGAGUUGGCCAGCUCUGUAACCCUUCUGCUUUCAAAGCACUGAGUGAGAGCUGGGCAGAGGACGUGCUUCCAGAUUGCUGGGGGCAGCUGUGCAGCACCCCUCAGGGCUCCCUGGGCCUAGGGAGUCCUCCUUGGCAUGACCCUACCCACAGGGCUGGACUGUGCCUGCUGCACCCAAGCUUGUCAGCCCCCACAGGCCUCCCAGGCUCCUGCAGGCUUCCCCCCACCCUCUGACAAAAACAGGAGAGGGGUUGAGGGGACUGGAGGAGCCAUAGGCCUGCCUCAGCAACAGCACUUUGUAGGGUGGUGGGUGCUGGGCUCUGUGGUGUGUGCAGCCGUCAGGCACAGCUGGGAGCAUUUCAGCAGUGGUUAAAGCAUCUCCUGUUUGUGUUUUCCCCUUCUCUCUGGGGGGAUCAUCCUGCCUGACUGGUAUCCCCUGCUGCCUGUCCUGCUGAGCUGCCUGGCCUCUGCCCCAGGAGCAGAUGUGGGCAGCAAUGUGAAUGGUUCGUCUGAGCAGGCAGCAAGCACAAGGUGUUUUCAUUGAGGGAGGUAUUAAAGAGCUUGUCCAGUCUA